AUGGCUGAGAAGUGUGAAUCAGAGAAAGCUUCAAGCUCUUCACCGAACCUGAUAUGUCCAUUAUGCCUUGAUAUAUUUGUCGAGGCGACAAUCCUGACUUCAUGUGGACACACAUUUUGUAGGCGAUGCCUCAAGAAAUACGAUCUAACCCACCAGGACCUUGACCACAUGGUCUGUCCUCUAUGCAGGGAGAUCACCAAGUUGUCUGCCUACCGUAUCGAUGAUCUCCACCUCAAUGCAUUCAUCAACGGAUGCGUAGACGAUUACCACGUCAAGUGUGGUGGGAUGAACGCUGUCCUCGAGAUGCGACAAAAAUGUUCUGGUUGCAAGCUUCAAGGAGAUGCUGUCUCAUUCUGCAGAACAUGUAAUAACUACAUAUGUGAUAAAUGUUUGCAUUGUCAUCAAUAUCUGUCAGUCUUUGAAGAUCAUGAGAUUGUAUCCAUGGAUGAUGUCAUCGAAGGGAAGGUCAGCAUUGGUCAUUUAUUCGAGAAGUGCUCCAUCCACAAACCAGAGAACAAGGAUAUGUUUUGUGAGGAUUGUAAGGUCCACGUCUGUCACAAGUGCGUACUUGUUGGUCAUAAAGCUCAUGAAAUCAAGAACCAGGUUGACUUUGCACAAGAGUUGCGACAGAAGGUAUUUAUUUAA